AUGCGGGUCAUCCUCAACUGCCUUUUCUUUAUCUUUCCUUAUUAUGCUUUAUUCUACACCCUGGUGGUUAUAAUCGGUUCUUGUCAUCAGUUCCCAGUGGCCUAUGCUGCUAGUAUAGGUGUCAGGGACACCUACGCUUUGGACUGGGCUGAGGGAUUGCCAGAAUCAUGUGUGGAACUUCUUGCGGAGGAUGGUGUUUACGACCGUAGCGGUGACGCCGACCUCAUCCCAAUAUCCUGUGGUGGUGAUGUUGAACCGACCAGCUCGGGUCAAUCUGGUGCAGCGACAUCGCCCUUCGUGCCUCGGGGGCCUGCGACGGAGAGUUCAGCGGCAUUCGAGGACUCCCUUCGUCAUAGGCGUCCGCCUGCCCCGGUCCCGACGUCGACGCCGAUUAUCAUCUCCGUCCUUCCUGUCCCUAUACCCUUCCUCACGUUCACCUUUACCGCCCCAAUUCCAUUGUUUCCGAGCUCUACAGCGACUUCUUCGAGUCCUGCUACGACCACGAGCUCGAUCACCUCGUCUGUCACCACCAGUGCAUCGACAACAUCCAGCACGUCCACGUCGUCCAGUACGUCGACGACUUCGACGGUAUCUACGACAACAACAACCUCUCCGACAACGACACUCUCUAGCCCCUCGAGCACCACCGCUUCCACCACAUCCACGUCCCCGGCAUCAUCAAGCACUCCCGAGAGUCUCUCCAGCGGUUCAAAGUUAUCGGGCACUCUAAUAGCCGUAAUCACCAUGCUGUCCUUCCUCGGCAUACUCUCUCUCGCCCUGGGCAUCAUCGUCCUGCUCCGAACGCGCAAACGCCGCCUCGCCGCCAUCCAGCGCAUGCCCGACGUCGAAAGCCGAGGUCAACCUCAGACCCAGGCCCAGGCUCAGCUCAGCACCACCAGCGACUACACGCACACGAGGAUGUCGAGCGCCGCGCACACGUACCUCGGCUCGCGCUUCUCGGUGACCACGAUCGCCUCGGACGAGUCCGCCCCGACGCCCGAGAUGAGCGUCGUCGAGCCCAGCCGAUACUAUGCUACGAUGUUCUCGGGCCGGCGGUCGCUUGGGCCUUCUCUCCCGAACCCGUACGAUGGCCGGGAGAGUGCGCAUCAGGCUGGUUCGCGAAGCGAUUCACGUUAA